AUGUACCAUCUGGCGGAGAUGGUGCGUGACGCUCAGCGUGAUAUGGCGCAGCGUCAUGACGGUUCGUCUCCGGGCUUCGUUUGGAGCACGCUGUCGGCCUUCACACCGUUUCCAUUCCUUCUUGCCCUAUGUGGUCAAAUUUCCAGCAAUCUCGUCCGUCGCGCGCCUGACCUAGCCAAGCGCGCAGCAGGUGCCACGCGAGACUGCGUCGUUGAUGCUGUUACUCAGACGCAAGAACUUGUUGUAGAUCUGCGCUUAGCAUGCACCCGUUCCAGCCAGCGGCUUUUCUACCGUAUGAAAUUGACAAUUGAAACCACGCGACUGCCAGGUCCACUGACCCCGCUACAGACCCAAGUUGCUAUACCCUUUCUUUGUGGCAUUGAGGGUCUUGCGCAAUUCGUAAUGAGCGAGGAGCUGCCCGAACUUUAUUUUGUAGCCAAAAACACUAUGCGACGCAAUUUCUUUUUAAGGCAUUUGGUGCUGCCACCAUUAGGAGCUGCGGAAAGUGUGGUCCGAUACGUCGUGAUUUUUCCAGGUCACAUUGUGUUUCCAUCAAGAGCGGAAAUCGAAGAUAGAACGGAUUUGUUUCUUGAGGGAAGCACAACGCGUGUGCAAGCGCUUGUAGAGCAUUUGUACUCAGCUACAGAAGUUCUGGAUCAGCACUUAAGCAUAAUGCAGUGGAACAUCUUAGGACGAGGUCCUUACGAGUCACUAGGACCUUCUAGACGCAGUGAAGUGAUCAGGUCAGUGUAUCAAAGAAUGCGCAUUAUUGUGUCGCAUUUUAAAUUAUUUGAGUUUCUGGCAACGAUGAAGCUGCAGAAUGAAAUGCUGUAUUUGGAUCUAUUGCGCGAGUACCCGAGCGCUGGGGGUGUACCGCUCACUUCGCAACAAAUAGCAGCGAAUCAAACUUUAAAAACUGAGUUGGCAGAUCAGGAUGCUAAUGCUUUUCCCAUUUGGUUUUACAAGAAAAUGGAUGUCACGAGCGGAAAUGGUCAAGUGCUGCCAAGUGGAUUAAAUGGACGGUUUCAAUGUACUAAUAAAUCACGUGGUUGGAUCGAAUUUCCUGCUCACGAAAGUCGUCGGCUAGAGCGCAAGUAUCGUUGGUAUCAGGGAAUAAAGAGCAAGAUUUUGGGAACUGAAAGACCUUCCAGCAUCGUCUUGGUGGAUGAAGGACGACAUGAGGUCGAUCUAGAAAUUAUGCGAAUGAAACCAGUGUACUGGCCGGCACUUGAGGAAAUUGUUGUUUGUCGUUCUUAUUGGGUCUAUGCUCAGCGUAGCUAUGGCUUAGCACCGUAUAGUGAGGAGGCAGCAAGUGAUUUGGAAAGCGCAUUUGUUUAUUUUUUGGCCCUGUACCCAUCUGAAAAGCAACGUUUGAUGACGCUUGAAGCACAAAGGCCGCGUGGAAUAUUCAGCUCACGUAAUUGUCUUAGCGAGACAGUUCUGGCCGCGCGAGUUGACAAGGAUUGCACUCUAAGUAUUCCCAUAGAAGGUCACUUGGUGGAGUUCAAAGGUUCACAGGACAUUGUGCAGCACAAGCGCUUACUUGCAGGGUCUACAUCGUUUACGAGUAAGCGCCGUGUAUAUCGUGGAAAUCCACGUGUUCGUGCUGAUCCAAUUGCGCUCCAGCUAUGGAAAGACGCCAUGGAAUGCAAUCCAGUUACUGGAAAUUCGCUAAAGGUAUCUGACGGUGAUAAUGACAUCAACGAUGAGAUUGAGCACCUUGUACUAGUCAUUCAUGGCAUUGGCGAUGCGCUCAAGACGCUCGAUCUGAUAAAUGUUGUGACACUGCGCUCUAUUAUAGACUGCUCGACAACACUUCGCGAGUUAAAUCUUGAGGCACUCCGCUCGGCGCAUUUCGCUCAUCACAACAACAAAAGUUUCAAAGGUGACAGUACAGACAAUAGUAAGACGAUCCCGGGCCGUCGAUGUGUCGAGUUUCUGCCCAUUGAGUGGCAUUCAAAGCUACACAUGGAGGGUCUAGACCGACUUAUUCGCGAUGUGACGCUGCCAGCCAUUCCAAAGCUUCGUGAGCUGGCCAACGACACCAUAUUGGACGUACUAUUCUUCAUGUCACCGCUUUUUCAUCAAGUCAUUCUAAACGAAGUGGCCAAAGAAAUGAACCGCGUGUUCAAUCUGUUUCAGUCACGUCAUCCAGACUGGACGGACCCAAGUCGAGCCAAGCGCAAAAAAGUGUCGAUUAUUGCUCACUCGCUUGGAUCAAUAAUUUGCUUUGAUAUCCUUAAUCACCAGCACGAGUACAUUCAUCGACAGGAAAUUCCAUUGCGCACUGAUGUCGAAGACGGUAGUGAGGAAGAAGACGUUGUACUCGACGAGAACACUAGCAUUUGUAGUGACAACGAUAGUGAAGCAGAGGAAAGUGUCGCGGCUACCGAUAACAUAAUUGGCUUAGACCGCGUCGUUGUAAAUCAACAACUGAUUCAGCGUUCGCACUCAAUGUCGGAAAUGUCAGAUUUGAAUGAAAAGUGGACAGAAUUUAGUUGCAAACGUCACAAAUAUGCAUCCAGACAGCAGCCACACGUACAAAAGUCGGCUCGAAGGAGCCUUCUACGGGCACCUGAUACCUAUUUCAUCGGCAAGAAAAAGGCUCGAAACACGCUCCGAGGUCAAAAGAUGAAAGAUAGGAAAGAUGCUGCUUCAACCGGAACCAGUGCUACCGUACCGGUAGUGCCAAAACUUGCGUUUGAUGUGGAAAAUCUAUUCUGCUUCGGGUCACCUAUUGGCCUGUUUUUGAAUGUGCGGGGGCAGAAGAUUGGUUGCGAUUUUCGACUUCCGCGCUGUCGUCGCUUAUUUAAUAUCUACCAUCCAUACGACCCCGUAGCUUACCGUAUUGAACCAAUUAUUAAUCCUUUGCGCGCUCACUCGAAGGCUGCAAUCAUUCGCACGUUUGAAGGCAAAUUGCGCUUUCAGUACCAGCUGCGCAAUACGUUUCGGGCCACGUGGGCUUCGUUGCGUCAAUGGCGUCGCGAUUUUGAGCGUAAAGUGCUCGCUGAGGCUCACAGCGUUGGGCUUGUGGAAAAUUCUGCGUCAAUUACGCCACUUUUCGAUGUGCUUGCCGGUGUUUCGCAACCAUACGAAUUGCAGCAGCGUUCAGACAAAAUGGAGGAAGAUUCACAACGAGAAGAACGAGAAGGCGAUGAGAUCGCAAAGAGCACUGCAUUAUUUGGUCAUCUAUGCCAAGGACGUCCCAUUGACUAUUCAUUGCAAGAGAAUGAAAUUGAGAUUGCAAACGAGUAUUUAUUCGCAUUAACGGCACAUGUCAUUUAUUGGAACAACCGCGACGCAAGUCUUUUUGUCGCCCAGAAGCUUAUACUGGAACCGGCCAUAGAUGAUUGGCCUGUCACCACAGACUUGCAGGUGGCAUCGAAACAUGAAGAGCAGGAAUAG